AUGGCUCCAUAGGCCUCUGUUCCUCGCGUGACAGGGAUACAAACCAAAACGGGGGUGGUGUCACGUGGGCCUACAUGAACGGCUGAAGUUCAACUGGAGUUGUUCAAACAAAUUCGACCAAAGCACACACAUUCAGCAUCAGUAGUUUCAUACCUGCGCAAGAGAAGACUGGAGGAUGGACAAGGCAUACAAAACUAUUAACGGGGUCUAUCCCACACUGGACAAUGGCAAAGAGAGGAGAGGCUCCAUGUACCUGGAGGAAGAGACCAGCGCCAAGGCGGGGGUGCUGUCCUGCUUCUUCUCCCUGAAGGAGGAGGUUGGGGCGCUGGCCAAAGCCCUCAGGCUGUUUGAAGAGAAGGGCAUCAACCUGAUGCACAUCGAGUCUCGCCCGUCGCGACUGAACAACCAGGAGUUUGAGUUCUUCAUCAGCGUGGACACCAGCUACUCCAAGUCCCUGGACGAGGUCAUCGAUGGCCUGCGCACCGAGAUCAGUGGCCACGUGCACGAGCUCUCACGCAACAAACAGAAGGACACAGUUCCAUGGUUCCCCAAUGACAUCCAGGACUUGGAUCGCUUUGCCAACCAGAUUCUGAGCUACGGAUCUGAGCUGGAUUCUGAUCACCCUGGCUUCACAGACCCAGUGUACAGAACCAGGAGGAAGGAGUUUGCCGACAUUGCCUACAACUACAGACAUGGCCAGGUCAUUCCCAAGGUGGAGUACACAGCAGAGGAGAAGGCCACAUGGAGCACAGUGUUCAAUGAGCUGAAGACUCUGUACCCCACGCACGCCUGCCGCGAGCACAACCGUGUGUUCCCCCUGCUGGAGCAGUACUGCGGCUACAGGCAGGACAACAUCCCCCAGCUGGAGGACAUCUCACGCUACCUGCAGUCGUGCACAGGUUUUCGACUGCGCCCCGUGGCUGGCCUGCUCUCCUCUCGGGAUUUCCUGGCUGGUCUGGCCUUCCGAGUCUUCCACUCUACACAGUACAUUCGUCACCAAUCCAAGCCCAUGUACACACCUGAGCCGGAUAUCUGCCAUGAACUCCUGGGCCAUGUUCCUCUGUUUGCUGACCCCACCUUUGCCCAAUUCUCACAGGAAAUCGGUCUGGCUUCCCUGGGUGCCCCCGACGAGUACAUUGAGAGGCUUGCUACUGUCUAUUGGUUCACAGUGGAGUUUGGCCUCUGCAAGCAGGGCUCUGAGAUCAAGGCCUAUGGAGCCGGGCUUCUCUCAUCAUUUGGAGAGCUGCAGUACUGUUUGACAGACAAGCCCAAGAUUCAACCAUUUGACCCUGCAAAGACCAGCCUCCAGAAGUACCCAAUCACUGAGUUCCAGCCCAUUUACUUUGUUGCAGAGAGCUUUGACGACGCUAAAGAGAGAGUCAGGAAAUUUGCCGACACCAUCCCCAGGCCUUUCUCAGUGCGCUACAAUGCGUACACCCAAAGCAUUGAAGUCUUGGAUAACACCCAGCAGCUGAGAAACCUGGCUGACAACAUCAGUGGGGAAAUUGGGAUCUUGUGCAAUGCCCUGCGGAAGAUGGAGUAAGGAGACCAACUUCAAUACUGAUGUGUGCAAUGAUAGAAUCUCAAUGAUUUCAUUAAUCUUGUAGAUUUCCAUUAUACUCUUUCCACUUAUAAUCUGUGUGCUUGUCCAUUAUAAAAUCUACUGCAUUCUGCUUCAUCUUUAAAUAAAUUAUUCAUAAAUACAUACUGCAACCCAGACGCUAGUCAUUUUAAGUAGAACAUUUUAAUUGGAGUAGUCAUUAUUAGAGUAGCACUCUCUCAAUGAAUCACACAGAGAGGCAUACAACUAGCCAAUGAAAAUGGCACAUCGGAAAAUUAGUCAAUCAUUGAAAAUACGAAGUUACAUAAAACAAGUAUUAACUUUAAAAUAAGUAUUAUUUUAUCAUACAUUUUUCAGUAUGUUCUAUAAUUCCAACACCGCCAUUACUGUGUUGAUAGGUUAACCGAUGUAACUUUCUGUAACCAGCUGAGACGGAUUACAUUGGAAUAGUGCUGUUCCAGGACUAUUAGCUCAGGCUUUGACGAUGAUCUAAUUCGUACUUAAGUAUUCUAUCUAUAGGUGGUGGUUAAAUGGCAAAUGGCAAACAUAAAUCUUUGCAUUAUGCUAUAAAUAGCUAGGCCUAUAUAACACAAUAACGAAAUACAAUGUGUAUGUCCAGCAUUUUAUUAGCGAAUGUGUUUGAUUAUAUCCUGAAUUCCGAUUCAUCCAAAUGAUUGAAUGUUUUUCCAUUCUUUACUGUCACAUUUGUUUGUAUAAUAUGCAUGAACAUGUGUUAUUAUUAACUUGCCAAAUAAAUGUGUGCUAAAAAAGGUU